AUGGAGGGCGCCGCCGAACAGUCCAAGAGCGCCUUGAAGAAGGCCGAGAAGCAGGCUCGUCUCGCUGCUGAGAAGGCUGCCAAGGCUGCUAAGCAGACCAACCUCCCCGUCGUCGGUGGAAAGAAGGCGGACGAGAUCAUUGGAAUUACAGUGUCCAAGGCCGAGAACUUCCCCCAAUGGUACCAGGAGGUCGUCCUCAAGGCCGAGAUGGUCGAGUACUACACCGAGAUUUCGGGUUUCUUCGUUCUCCGACCUCUUGCCAUGCACAUCUGGAACGAGAUCCGAAAGUGGUUCCAGGCUCACAUUGAGGAGAUGGGUGUGGACGAGACCAACUUCCCUAUGUUCCUGUCUUCCAAGUCGCUCGAGAAGGAGAAGGAUCACGUCGAGGGCUUCGCCCCCGAGCUUGCCUGGGUCACCAAGGCUGGUGACAAGGACCUCGAGGUUCCUGUUGCCGUCCGUCCUACCUCCGAAGCCGUCAUGUACCCCUACUAUGCCAAGUGGAUUCGCAGCCACCGAGAUCUCCCCUUCCGCCUCAACCAAUGGAACUCUGUCGUUCGCUGGGAGGCUAAGCAAACAACUCCUUUCCUCCGAACCCGUGAGUUCCUCUGGCAGGAGGGCCAUACGGCUCACUUGACUGAGGAGCUUGCUGGCGCUGAGGUGCUCGAGAUUCUUGAGCUUUACGCUGGUGUUUACGAGAAGCUUCUAGCUGUUCCCGUUGUUCGAGGCCGAAAGACCGAGAACGAGAAGUUUGCCGGUGGUUAUUACACCACCACUGUCGAGGGCUACAUUCCUUCCAACGGCCGUGGUAUCCAGGGCGCCACCUCUCACGCCCUUGGUCAGAACUUCAGUAAGAUGUUCGACAUCACUGUCGAGGACCCUGCCAACAAGGGCUCUCACAUUCACGUCUGGCAGAACUCUUGGGGUCUCUCAACCCGUGUCAUUGGUGUCAUGGUCAUGAUUCACGGUGACGAUAAGGGUCUGGUUCUUCCUCCCCGCGUUGCCAAGACUCAGGUUGUCAUCGUCCCUGUCGGCAUCACCAAGAAGACUACCCCUGAAGAGCGACAGAAGCACGAGGAGCAGGUUGAGGACAUCCGAGCCAACCUGAAGAAGGCUGGUGUUCGUGUCACCUCUGAUUGGCGAGAGGGCUACACUCCUGCUUGGAAGUUCAACGACUGGGAGCUCAAGGGUGUCCCUCUGCGUAUCGAGUUCGGUCCCAAGGAUGCUGCCAAGGGCGUUGUCAGCACUGCGCGACGUGACACCGGUGAGAAGGGAGAAAUUGCCAUCACCGAUGUCGCUACCAAGAUCCCCGAGCUUCUCGAGACCAUCCAGGCCGACAUGUACAGCAAGGCCGAGAAGUCUUUCCGAGAGCACCGACUCACUAUCACCAAGUGGGAGGAUGUUCUUCCCGCUCUUGACAACAAGAACGUUGUGCUCAUCCCCUUCUGCGGCGCCCCCAAGUGUGAGGACCGCAUCAAGGAGCUCACCACUCGCGAGGACCAGCCUGAUGUCCCCGAGAACCAGAAGCUUGCCACUAUGGGUAUGAAGAGUCUGUGUGUUCCCUUCGAGCAGCCCGAGGGUAUUGUUCCCGGUGAGACCAAGUGUCUCAGCCCUGAGUGCCAGGGUAACGCCGACAAGUGGACCAUGUUCGGACGAAGCUAUUAA